AUGACAUCAGAUUCAUGACGACUCUCGGAUGAUGUCCCAAAGAUUCAAUCAUCCCCCACAUCCGUCCAAUUUCCUUAGAAUUUCCGUGCAUAGAUCCAAAAUCAUGUAUAUAUGAGCACACCCUCCCUUUCUUCUUGUUCAUUCAUUUGUAGCUAGCUUGAUCCCUUCUGUGAGAAUUCAGUCCUGAAUUUUCACACAUCUCCUCUGUUUGAGUUCUACGGCCAUGGAAUCGAACUGGGUCGAUACUUCUCUUAGCUUCGAUCUCAAUACUAGGCCACUCCAGCCACAGGGCGAGCCGCAGAUGAGCUCAACAACCGAUUUCAUGCAAUUGGGGGGGAAGAUCGCCAUAAAACGGGAGGCAGGUGUUUUAGAAGCGGAACUCAAUCGGGUGACUGAAGAGAAUGAGAAAUUGAAUACAGUUUUAGGUGUGGUGUGCCAGAAUUUCCGCAGCCUGCAAAAUCAGAUGUUUGAAUUGAUGAACAAGGCUUCUGAGGGUCAGACGCCAUGGAGGAAAAGGAAGCAAGAAAGCCUUGAGAUCAAUGAUAUUAAGAGUAAUGAAACUAAAGGUAAUAUUAAUCACAUUAGUCAUGUGGAGAGCAGCUCCAGUGAAGAUUCAUGCAAGAAACAGUGCCGAUUAGUCAAGACGAAGAUCUCAAAAGCCUAUGUGCGGACCGAACCAUCUGACUCGACCUUGGUUGUAAAAGAUGGGUACCAGUGGAGGAAAUACGGUCAGAAAGUGACCAGAGACAACCCAUCCCCAAGAGCCUAUUUCAAGUGCUCCUAUGCCCCAGCUUGUCCAGUAAAAAAGAAGGUUCAAAGAAGUGUUGAAGAUAGGUCCAUUUUGGUGGCCACAUAUGAAGGGGAGCACACACAUCCCAACCCGUCCCAAGCCGACCGGUCAUGUGGCUCGAGCCAUGGUGGGGCUUCCAGUCCAGUCCCGUGCUCGGUGUCGGUCAGCUCUUCGGGCCCCACCGUUACACUUGAUCUGACCCAGACCGGAUUGGGUCAGGAUGCUGGAGUAGCUCCCCAACGGGACACUAAUUCUCCAGAAUUCCAACGGUUUUUAGCAGAACAAAUGGCUGCCACUCUUUCGAAAGAUCCCGGAUUCACCACAGCACUUGCCACUGCUAUUUCCGGUCGGAUUCUGAAACCGUCUCCGGCCGAAAGGUGGUGAUAGUGAAAUGAGAGAGUAUGAUUAUGUAAAUACUGUAGGACUUGGAAACAAGAGUGGAAAUGGUAGUUUGAAUUUUCAAAAUGGUGCGAAAGUCAGCAAUCCCAGGUCAUCAAAAAUGUUGUUGGAUCAUUUCUUGAUCUUUUGGCUGUGCAUUCUUUCCAUUGUGUUCAGAAUCACAUUUUCAAGAUAUUUGAAGGGUUGGAUCAUCGAUCUGAAUCUUUUAUCCAGCCCAGCACGCA